GAGUAUUGCAUAUAUAAUUUCAACAACAAAAAUGUUCGCUCAUCAAAAUUUGAAAUGAUUUGAAUCCUCUGAGGCCCAAAUAAACAUGUCAGUCCUUAGCAUGCUUACACAUGACAUGCAGGAUGUUCUUAAUAAAUAUUUGAUCAACUUCUUGGUCUCAUCUUAUUCUCAGAGAGAUAGAUCAGAUCCUCCAGGCAGCAUGAAUUUUGACAAUGCAGAAGAUCUAAACCAAAUCGCUUUAAAUCAGAGGAAGAAUUUUUAUAUUCCUGUUCCAAGGUAUCCUUGAAACAAGAGCUGCCCUUCAGAUGAGGAAGGAACUUUGAAGAACUCUGCUUGCAUGCAAAAGCAAGAGAUUACUCCUGAUCAGAAAACAGACAAAUCAGAUAAUAGGGAAGCGAAAUCCUUGGAGAAAAUAAAGCCUCUUUCGAAUUCUAAGAGAAUUAAGUCAAUAUGUAAGUCUUUACAGGAAAUAAAGCAGAUUAAAAUGGAUAUGACGUUCGAUAACGAAACUGGGUGACUGGCAACUAGAUGAGAUGUGGUGUAUAAGACCAUACUACGAGACUUUAGAAGGUAUUUUCUUGAGGAGUACAAGGUGUUCAAGGCUCACAACUUCACUGAUCCUGCUCUCUCAGAGUCUAUCUUUCAAUUUACUUCCAGUGUAUACCCAGAGAAAAGCCCCAGUGAAUGAAGAUGUAUCUCACUCGAUUUAGGAUCUCUUUUAUUCCCAAAAGAAAUCGUUAAGGACUCUAAUUUUCUCCAAGUCAUUCAGGAAUUUGGGACAUUCGGUGAUGAUGUUGAGACUGUUAAAGCAGAGAUCAUGAAAAUACAUGGGUUCUUGUAUAAAUUUAGCAUUGACAAAAUAGAAGAGUGCUUUCAGAAUAUUUCUCUUUCUCAGUUAUUCAUCACUUAUAUUGCAAAGGCAAGCAAAGAAAGGAUGGAUGAAAACUUAACUAUGAAGAAGAACUCGUCUGUGUAUCUUAAGGCAAUGAAGAUCCUUGAAAGCAGAGCUUCAGAGUGUUUCCCACCUCUAACAUAGGUUAGAGGUCUAUUUUAGAAAGAGAAUUAUUAAUUACUUUGAUAUCGUUUAAAACACAAAAAGUCUGUUCGAGAAUAAAUAUCUCAGGAUGUCUUUAGUUUUAGCCCAUUGGUCUUGUUUGAAGCAAUCUGUUUGUGAUAAGAACCAGGUCUUAUCUUAGUGUGUACCAGAUAGAGAAUUGAUUCGCUCAUUAUCCUACAUAAUUCUUGAGGAUCCAGUGAGAAUUAAAACAUAAUCAUUUCUUUUUAGUUCACAUUCAUAGAGGAAGCAGAGUAUCGAGUGAAAAUAUAUUGCCGUUAAUGACAUAAUGUAUCAUCUCGAUCAUUCAAAAAUUUAAGUUAUAUCUAUAGCAUUGAGAAAUUUCAUUUGAGAAAUAUGGUUGUUGGUAUCUAAAUUUAUUUCCUAAAAAUAAUAUAAAAUAACUUGGUGUUUCAAAAAUUGCGCUAAGCUCUUUUGCAAUACUAUUUGAAGACAAUGUAUGGACAUCAGCAUCCAUACAAAUCCUAACUGAUUUCCUAAGAUAAGAAUGCCCACAAUGGGUUUUGUA